GCCAGUACAUGGUGUGUUUGUCUCACCAUGUCCUCAGGACACAUGACGUUCGGACAUGUCGAUACUGACGUGGGGGCUGUUUUUUAAGAGUGGAGAUGCACAAGCAGUGAAAGUCCACCAGGAUCUGAGUUGUCGAGUUGAGAUCGUGUGGACCAGCAUGCUGGGUUUCAAUCUGUGUCAGUGCCGAGGAGAGGAAAGACCGCCGCGGAAGAUCAGUAUGAGGCACCCUCCCUGCAUACUCGCACUGUCCCUGUUCCUGCUCUCCUGCUCCUGUGUCUCGCAAGAGGUUCUUGCAUCACCCCAACGGUUUCCAGCAGAACAAGAGCUACGUCUGCGGAGUGAGAUAGAUGACCUGUGUUCUUCCUUUCUUUCUGCAGUUCCUCAGUCACAGCCAUCCAGUACACUCAAAGAACUGUGUUAUAUGGCCUUGACAAUUCUGGAGCGGCCCCAGGAUUCACAAGACAAGGGCGAAAACAAAAGGUUCUUAUUUCAUUAUUCUAAGACCCAUGACACAGGCAACUCUAAUUUUAUGUCCUCUGUCCUGCAUCCUUUGCUGCAACUUGUCCCUGAGCUUCAUGAGAGAAGAAUGAAGAAAGGCAGAGGUGAUGAAGAAUUUCAAGGACCAGGUGGAAUUCAAAGUCGAGGUUUUUUUAUGUUUAGGCCACGCAACGGAAGAAGAUCAUCUAGUUUUCGCUAACAGGAAGACGAAUACCUGUAGCAAUGAUUGACAUACAUGAUGAUAUUGGUGUGCAGACAGCAAUGUACAAGCAGCCAUGUAUACGCCCUUCUACACUGACCUGUUUAAUUGCUUAGUUUUGUCUUUCAAGUACUGCGCAUGCUAACUUAAUGUGCUUUGUUAAAAAAAUUGUUGUUUUCUUAUGAAUUGCACCAGUAGAAUUGAAAGUAAAUCAGUGAAAUGUUACAGUGUAUUUUAGCAAAUUAUGGCUUAACUAUAAUUAGUGUGUAAAUAUCACUUUAAGGCCAAACAUUGAUGUAAUAUGCUGCAUGUUACUACAUUCCAUUCUCUGUUUACAAUGCCAUCACUACAUGUACAAGUUAAAUUAAAAUUCUUAAUAAUGAUUUUGUUUGCCUUUAUCUUAGGAAAUUCCCCGAUUUGAUCAUGUAUUCUUUAAAAGUGCUGUGAAAUACCUGCAGUGUUUCAUUCUAUGCCACCAUGAACAUACUACUUUUUGCAAUUAAGAAAUUAUGAGGGUAGUUCUCUCAUUCACCCCAUCUGUGGCUGUCCUCCAAUUGCAACAGGUGCCAGUCUUGCAAUGAGAUUUUGGGUCAUCUACAAAAAACUUUGGUUCUUUUCUCCAUGAUAAAUUUUAAUCCCUAGUUACACCAUUCCUCAAACAGCUGUAAGAAGGCUAGUUACAGUGGACAAAUAUAAACUCUCCUCCUCUGCACUUUCCUCCACUCCCAUCUAUUAAAACUCAACCCCAUAUACUUUAUGAUGGAGAGGCAAUGUUCUGACAACUUCUGGAUUGCUGCCAAUUACUGAUAUUUCCAAACAGAUUGCAAGUUGGUUUCUUUCAUCAAAUUGCACUGCUUAUUAACUAUAUAUCAAUUGGGUAUUUCAUUGCAUUAAAUAUGGUGGACAUCACCUGUGCAUAUAUAUAUUACAGGCUAAAACUAUGUUGGACAUGCACAAUAUGUAAUGUGUUUCUUUGUGUAUAAAUGCUUGUAAGUGUGUAAUGAUGAUGCUAUAGUUCUGUCCUCCACUGCCUAGACAUCUGAUUUCUAAUUAUGUUAAACUCACCAGUUUGUAGUUACUUUAAAAUACAGCAAAGA